CGCGGUUGCUUAGUCUGUGCGAAGAUGAAGUUCUCCCUGGGUUUGCUAGUGCUCUUCUUGGGCGCCGCUCUUGUGGCUGCCGAUCAGGAUUACGAGGGUUACCAAAUUUAUGAGGUGAUUCCCUCCAAUGCCGACCAGGCUCAAAAGUUACAUCAGCUCAGCCUGCAGGGAUUUGAUUUCAUCGGCGAGAGCCGCCUGUUGGGACAUCCUUCCCGAGUGAUUGUGAGUCCUCAACAGCAAGAACAGUUCCAGCAAUUGGUUGAUGGUGAGAAGAUCACACAUAGUCUGGUGAAUUCCAAUCUGGGUGCUUCUAUUGCCGAGGAGUUUGCCCAGCGGCAGAUGCAGCGUCUCAUGAAUCCCAUCACUGGCAAGGGUCGUCUGAGCACAGAGCGGUACUACACCCACGAGGAGAUCAUCAACUAUAUCGAUGAUCUGGCCGUGCGUUUCCCCAGUCGAGUCUUCGUUAGGACCGUUGGUUGGUCCUACGAGAAGAGAGUCCUGAAGACCAUCACCAUCACGAAUGGCGAUGGCAAGGCCAACAAGAAGCUGAUCUUCAUGGAUGGUGGCUUCCAUGCUAGGGAAUGGAUUUCCCCAGCGGCCGUUCUGUAUGUCAUCGAUCAGUUGGUGGAGCAGUUCGAGGAGAAUGCUUAUCUUCUGAAGGAUUACGAUUGGGUUAUCCUUCCUCUGGUCAAUGCCGAUGGUUAUGAGCACACCCAGACCGGAACUCUGGCCCGCAUGUGGCGCAAAACGCGUCAGCCGUAUGUUUAUGCUGGACAGACAUGCUAUGGAGCUGAUCCCAACAGGAACUUUGACUUCCACUGGAAUGAGGAGGGUGCCUCCUCCAACCCAUGCGCGGAUACCUAUGCCGGCCCAACUGCCUUCUCCGAACCGGAGACGAUCGUCGUCCGGGAUCUGAUGCACUCGCUGGCGGACAGGGGCAUUAUGUAUCUUACCCUCCACUCCUACGGCAACUAUCUGCUGUAUCCUUGGGGAUGGACUUCCGACUUGCCCGACAACUGGGAAGACCUUGAUGCAGUAGCCAGCACUGGAGCUAAGGCUAUCGAAGACGCCACUGGUACGAUUUACACCUACGGAUCCUCCACCAAUGUCCUGUACAUUGCUGCUGGAGCAAGUGAUGAUUAUGGUUACUAUGCCGGUUUCAAUGUGUCCAUCACCAUGGAGUUGCCAGGAGCUGGCAGCAUUGGCUUCAAUCCUCCAGUUACCAGGAUCGAUGAGUUCGUCACCGAAACCUGGAUUGGUAUCCGUGCCAUGGCCGAGAAACUGAUCGAGAUGUACUAAAAAGGGUCAUAAACUUGCAAUAAAUUGUCAUUGGAAGUA